GGCCCGUGCGCAGCCCGAGCCAACAUGGCGGCGGCGGCGGGCGCUGAGGGCGCCGCGCUCGGUGCCGCUCUCCUUUAGGGGCCGCCGCCCCCGCCCCGCCGCACAGCCCUCCCCGAGCCCCGCCGCGUCCGACAUGAGGGAGAAGGGCCGCAAGAAGAAGGGCAGGACCUGGGCAGAGGCCGCCCGGACGGUCCUGGAGAAAUAUCCCAACACACCCAUGAGCCAUAAGGAGAUCCUUCAAGUUAUCCAGAAAGAAGGACUUAAGGAAAUCAGAAGCGGGACGUCCCCCCUGGCCUGCCUGAAUGCCAUGCUGCACACCAACUCCCGUGGCGAGGAGGGCAUCUUCUACAAGGUCCCGGGCAGGAUGGGCGUCUACACCCUCAAGAAGGACAUCCCCGAGGGGCUGAAGGAGCUGUCGGAGGGCUCGGAGGAGAGCAGCGAUGCCCACUCUGACUCGCAGAGCUCGGAGCGCAGCAGCUCCAGCAGCGACGCCUGCGCCGCCAAGGACAGGAGGAAGAGCAGGUGGAAAAGGAAAGUGUCGUCCCGCCUGGCCCCCACGGGCUCCCCACAGUCCGGCUGUCCCUCCCCGUCCAUCCCGGGCAAGGGCCUCUCCUCCUCCCAGAAGCACAGCAAGAAGGCUCUCAAGCAGGCCCUGAAGCAGCAGCAGCAGAAGCAGCAGCAGCAGCAGCAGCAGCAGCAGUGCAGGGCCGCCGUGGGGCCGGGUGUGGGGCCGGGUGUGGGGCUGCCCCCCAGCCAGCACGUCCUGCUCAAGGCCAAGGCCACGACCGGGCGCUCAGGCUGGGAAGGGAAGCAGGCAGAUGGACAUUCCAGCAGCCCCCCAAACUCCACCUCCAGCUCCUCACCCUCGGUGAAGCUCGAGAACUCCCUGCCAGGGCUGGCCAAGAAGCCCUUCCCAAGAUCUGACAGGCUCCACGCACGGCAGCUGAAGCGAGCCCGCUGCGCCGAGAUCGACGUGGAGACGCCCGACUCCAUCCUGGUGAACACCAACCUGCGGGCCCUGAUCAACAAGCACACCUUCUCCCUGCUGCCCCCCGAGUGCCAGCAGCGCCUGCUGCUGCUGCUGCCCGACGUGGACAGGCAGGUGGGCGCUGACGGGCUGAUGAAGCUCAGCAGUUCGGCGCUCAACAACGAAUUCUUCACCUCGGCUGCCCAGGGCUGGAAGGAGAGGCUGUCAGAAGGAGAGUUCACCCCCGAAAUGCAGCUGCGGAUCCGGCAGGAGAUCGAGAAGGAGAAGAAGGUGGAGCUGUGGAAGGAGCAUUUCUUCGAGAGCUACUACGGGCAGAGUUCUGGGCUGAGCCCCGAGGAGUCGCAGCGACUGACAGCGCAGCCCGAGGCAGAGCCCGGCCGGCCCCGCAGCCCCCCGGCCCCACAGCGGGAGCGGGGCACGUCCCCCUCGGAGCCGGGGGGCAGAUCGGGGGAGGAGGGCAGAGAGGAGCCGCAGCCCAAGGCAGCCAAGCCGGCCCAGGCGUCCCCGGAGCGGCGAGCGGCGAGAGCCGGGGACAGAGCCCACGGAGAGUCCCUGCCCCACAAACCCCCCGGUGCCGCCUGCCCCAGGGCAGAGGAGCAGAGGAAACCUGGGCUGGCAAAGGAGGUGCCAGGAAAGGAAUCUCUGGGUGCCCCCAGCAAACCAAAGAGCCCCGAGGCGUCCGGGGCAGAGGUGAAGGUGCAGAGCCCCGCGGCAGCCCCGGCCACGCCAGAGAAGGAGAAGGAGAAGGAGCAGGAAAAGGAGAAGGAGAAGGAGAAGAAGCCCCCCGGGAGCGAGGCCAUGGAGGUCGGGCUGGAGGCCCACAAGAGGAAGUCGGAGAGCAGGGAGGAAGCCCCGGGCAGCCCCGAGAAGAAGCCCCGUGUGGCCGAGCCCUGCCAGCAGCAGCAGCAGCAGCAGCAGCAGCAGCAGCAGCAGCAGCAGCAGCAGCAGCAGCAGCAGCAGCAGCAGCAGCAGCAGCCUCAGGCCUUUCGGAACCAGCCCUUUCCCGGCACGGGGGCGGCGGUGCCGCGGGUGCCCCCGCUCAAGAUUCCCGUGUCCAGAAUCUCGCCGAUGCCAUUUCCUGCGGGCCAGGUCUCUCCCAGGGCACGCUUCCCCCUGUCCCUCAGCAGUCCGGGCAGGACAGGGGCCAGGACCUUGGCCGACAUCAAGGCCAGAGCCCAGCAGGCCAAGGCUCAGAGGGCAGCGGCCGCCGCCGCCGCCGCCUCGGCCGGGGGAGCCGUGCCGGGGCCCGGCCCGGGCGGGGGGAGACCCCCGGGCAGGGGGGGAGAUGGGAGAGACCCCGGCGGAGCCCCCCAAGCUGCAGCUGGAGCAAAGGCACUGGACCUGGCAGGAGCUGGAAGCGGGGGAGGUUCGAGAAGGUUUCCUCCCCACUCGCAGGUGGAGAGCCAGGCGGAGCCGGGAGCUGCUCGCCAUCCUCCUGGAGCACAGCUACAGCCGGCGGCCCCCGCGGCUGCCCCGGCGCUAGGGAACGGCGCAGGGACCACCCCCGGCUCCCCCAGCGGGGACCGGGCAGGGAUGGCCCCUCCUGCCCCGGCCCGGGGGGCUCCGGGCCCCGGGAACGCGCCCGGCUGCGGCGGCGGAGCCCCGGGAGCCUCGGCGGGGAGCGGCUGUGACCUUCCCAAAGGCAAAUCCCCUUCCCCUCUGCUGUCCCCACGGCCACCCACGGGCCCCGGGGGCCAGGCUGGAGCUGUGGGUGCUCCUGUCCCCCCCUCCGGCAGCUCCUCCGGAGCACCCAGCCUUAAAUCUGCUCCCGGUGGGGCCCUGCCCCGAGCGAGCUCCAGCAUUCCUGCCAACAACCCUUUGGUCACCCAGCUGCUCCAGGGCAAGAGCGUCCCUCUGGAGCAGAUCCUGCCCAAGCCGCUGACCAAAGCAGAAUUGAAAACUGUCCCCGUGGCUCCUCAGGAGGAGAAGGGGGCGGCAGCUCCCGGCGCCGAGGCGGGGGACAGGUCGUGUUUGCCCCCGCAGCAGCUCGGGAAGAUCUUCUGCCAGAACAGGCCUCUGCCUCACAUUCCAAGGACCUUCCCAGGAAAGGACGGCGGUCCUGAGCCGCACCAGGGCCACGAGGCGCUGAGCAAAUCCACCCAGGAGCAGAUCCUGCAGACUCUCAUCAAGAGGGUGCAGAGGCAGAAUCUGCCGCCCGUCCUUCCGCCCUCGCAGCUGAACCUCCCGCACUCAGGUUUGCCGGUGGAAAACGGCUCCACCAGCCAGAGAUUCAUGCUGGGCUUCACGGGCAGGAGGACGUCCAAGCCUGCCAUGUCCGGGCACUACCUCCUCAACGUCUCCACCUACGGCCGCGGCUCGGAGAGUUUGAGGAGAAGCUUUUUGCUGAACCCCGAGCCCCGCCUGGGGCUGAGCGGCCCCGCUGAGGGCACGGGUGGCCCGGGCAGCAGCAGCAGCGAGGAGGACGCGGAUGAUGAGAGCUCCGGGGAUGAACGGGAGCAGGUUGGCACCAAAGAGGAGCCGGGGCACGGGGAGAAGGAGCAGAGCUCACGGGGCACCGGCCCUGCAGGCCCCAGCUCGCUGGGGCUGAAGGCCGAGGUGGCAUCAGCAGCCAAGGAGAAGGUGGCAGCGCUGGACGGCGCGGCGCUGGCCCGGGACCUGCUGCAGGCAGCACAGGAGCAGAUGGCCCAGGCCAUGAGGGGCAAGGGGCACAGCGGCAGGGAGCAUUUCGGGACCCCCACGCCCUCCCCAGACCCGGCACAGCCCCCGCUGCUGCCUGCCCCGCUCCCCCCGAAGCUCCUGGGGCCCAGCUACAGCGGCACCAUCAACGUCUCCACCUCGCCCGACGUGGGCCAGGCCUCGCUGGUGACCGAGUGCAGCCAGCUGGGCAGCUCCAUGGGCAACGUCAUGUCCUUCUCCGUGACCGUCACCACCAUCCCCGCCGGGCAGGCCGUGAGCUCCGGCGGCCACGGGCAGAGCCUCCCGGUGCCGGCGUUCGCCGAGGACGGCGGCAUGGAGGACGCCCCUUCCAAAUGCUACUGCAGGUUGAAAGCCAUGAUCAUGUGCAAGGGCUGCGGCGCCUUCUGCCACGACGACUGCAUCGGCCCCUCCAAGCUCUGCGUCUCCUGCCUGGUGGUGCGGUAACGGGGAGCAGCACGGCUCCCUUUGGGGGCUGCCUUCACAAGAAUCUUGGGAAGAAACAGGAAUUUUACUGCCUUGCACAAGAGACACGUUACCGAAUCAGGAAUAGGGAGUUCGAGUCCUUCUUUCAUUGACGAAAGAGCACCUUCUUGUACAGGGAGUCGAAAUCGCGUUAAUUGUGACAAGAGUUUGCACUUAAGGAAUUAUGUAAAUAUGCCACAUUAUUUUGGUUAAAGAUAUUUUUUCAGUCUUUUA